AUGGAACAUUCACGUGAUAGGGCUGCUGGGGGAUCUAUAAAUAGUCCUCCCUGGUUCGAGGGUGGAUGUGAAAAAUACACUCAAUGGAAGAUUUACAUGAAAUCAUACCUCUAUGCUCAAGAUGAACACGUGUGGAACAUCGUAGAAAAUGGCUGGAGUGUACCUAUGACAAAAGCAAAAGAAGAAGGCGCUUCCACUACCACUCCCAAACCAAGGAAGGACUGGACUGAGGAAGAAGUUCGUAACUUGCAAGCAGAUUUCAAAGCGAAGAACAGCAUCUUCACGGCCCUAUCGGAGCGGGAAAAACUGAGGAUAAGUCAUUGUGAGACUGCCAAGCAGGCAUGGGAUCUCCUACAGAUUACAUACGAAGGAAAUAAAAAGGUACGUGCACAGAAACUGCAAGCACUGAUUUUUGAAUUCGAAACCAUGACUAUGGCAGAUGAUGAAACCGUGGAUGACUUCCAUGGUAGAAUUCUUAAAAUCUCCGGUCAGUGUCGCAGUCUAGGAGCACCUUUUGAUGAAGAUAAAAUAGUCAAAAAGAUACUCAGGGCUCUGCCGGAAAAAUUUCACUCAAAGGUUACGAGCAUAGAGGACUCUUUUGAUAUAGAUGAGUAUCCACUUGAUGAGCUCAUCGGAAAUUUGAAAACCUAUGAGAUGAGGUUAAAACCUGAGAAGAAAAACAAGGGCGUAGCCUUCAAAGCAGUGAAAGAAAUUGAAGAGGAAGAAGGAUCACUAGAUCUUGCUCUACUGACGAAGGAAUUCAAAAAAUUUCUCAAAAGCAAGAACUCCUCUAAAAACACGAAUGCUCCCAGAAGGAAUAACUAUAUUGGCAGUGGUAACAACAGUGACUACAAUAGUAAGAAUGGAAGAGGAAACUUCAAAGGAAAUCACUCAGGGAAACCAAAAUGCUAUGAAUGUGGUGGUUUCGGUCACAUUUCUACUGACUGUGGAAAUAGGAAGCUUGGAAACAGCAACAACAAGUCACUCCUUUCAACUUGGAGUGAUGAUGAAUCUCAAGAAAUUGAAAAUGUGGCUCUUGUCUCAUCAUUGUUGCCUGAUUCUGAAAGUGAUGAGUAUUUCUCUGAUGAUGAUGAAACAAAUGUUCGCUGCAAACAACUCUACAAAGCUUCAAAGGCCACUCUGAUUAGAAACUUGAGCUUGGAAAAAGAAGUAGAUUUCCUGAGGACUGAAAAAGAAAAGGUGGAGAAACUAUUCGAAUCCUCACAAUCUGCAUGGAAACUGGAGAAAAGCAAACUCGUGAGUGAAUCGGCAGAUCAACAAGGUGACCAAAAGAUACUGACGUGGAAGACUGAAAAGAAUGAGUAUCUCAACAAGAUCAAACUUCUAGAACUGGAUGUUAAAGGACAAAGAGCCCUGAACUUGGAACUGUUAGCGAAAAAUGAGUCUCUACAACAUGAGUUAAAAUUAACUCAAGAAAGAUUCAUGAAGUUUGAUAUCAGCUCCACUUCCAUGUCCAAGUUACUUGGAUCAGGAAAAGCUCCUCAUGAUACAUGUGGGCUAGGAUACACUGGAGAAGAUUCCAAAAGCACCAAAUUCGUACGAGCCUCAAAACCAUCUGUAGAGCAGAUAGAUGUCUCCCUUGAUGAUCAUGUCAAAAGUGUAAGGGAAGGUAAUUCAAACCAACAUCAUCAGGUAAAACUUGACCAAGAAUCCCCCACUGGUCAACACAGCAAAAUUCAUCAACGCUCUCACAUUGAGGCAACUUGUUUCGUAGCUUUAACUGCAUUUGCUGACAAACGACGAGAUUUUUGGUAUGUUGACAGUGGUUGUUCUAGACACAUGACUGGAGACAAAACCUGGUUUACUUCAUUUGAGGAUGAAAAUACCUCUGGAUCAGUCACGUUUGGAGAUGGGAGGAAAGCUAACAUUCUAGCUCGAGGUACAGUAAACACUCCAGGUAUACCUAACCUUAAAAAUGUGUUAUUUGUUGAAGGAUUAACUGCAAAUCUGAUUAGCGUCAGCCAUUUGGCUGAUGACUAUGAAGAUGUGUGGUUUAACAAACAGAGAUGUUUGGUCCUAAAUCAGAAAGGUGAAGGUAUUAUGGGAGGUAUGAGAUCUGUUGAUAACUGUUAUCAUAUUCAAGCAAAUGAAUCUUCUAGUUUGCAGUCUUGUUUGUCUGUUAAAUCCACAGAGGAAACCUUUGAACUUUGGCACAGAAAGAUGGGACAUAUCAACUAUCAGGACUUGCUGAAAUUAUCUUCCAAACAAUGUGUCCGAGGCUUGCCAAAUUUAAAAGGUAAAACUGACAAGAUGUGUGGAGACUGCAAGGUUGGAAAGCAAACUAAGGCACCUCACAGAAUGGUAAAUUAUGCGACAACCUCACAAGUAUUGGAACUAUUACACAUGGAUCUCAUGGGACCAGCUCAAUCUGAAAGUCUUGGAGGUAAGAGUUACAUACUAGUAGUUGUAGAUGAUUUCUCAAGAUACACCUGGGUAAACUUCUUGAAAGACAAAACUGAAACGUUUGAGUCCUUUAAGAACUUGAGUCAAAAAUUAAUCAUUGAGAAACAAUCAUCUAAUAACUGUUUAGUGAGAAUAAGAUCAGAUAAUGGAACUGAAUUUAAAAAUGCCUCUUUUUCUAACUACUGUCAUGAGCUUGGUGUGUCACAUGAGUUCUCAGCUCCAAUAACCCCUCAACAAAAUGGGAUAGUGGAAAGGAAAAAUAGGGUACUGCUAGACAUGGCUCGAGUAUUACUACACGCUGCAGGUUUAAGCAAAAACUUUUGGGCUGAGGCGAUCAGCACUGCUUGCUACACAAUAAAUAGAGUAUUCCUUAGACCAGGUAAUGAUCAAACUGCUUACGAGCUGUGGAAAGGUAAGAAGCCAAAUGUUAAACACUUUCAUGUUUUUGGCAGUCCUUGUUACAUUCUACGAGAUAGAGAACACCUUGGUAAGUUUGAUGCUAGAAGUGAUGAUGGUGUGUUCUUGGGGUAUUCUCUGAACAGCAGAGCAUAUAGGGUUUACAAUAAAAGAACUCGUGUUGUUAUGGAAUCCAUUAAUGUUUCUAUUGAUGAUCAAUGUGUGAAACAGGAAGUAACAUUUGCAGAUACCUCACCCUUCUCGGUCACACCUUCACAGAAUACUGAAACAUCAUCUGAGGAAGAGGAAGAGGAAAUCCAUGACAACAUUUUUGAACCAGCUCCCACCCAAAGAAGAGGGUUCAAGCAAGUUCAAAAAGACCACUCCACUCAAGAUAUCAUCGGCAAUCUAACAGAUGGUCCGAUGACAAGGAGAAAGGCUGCAGUUCAGGAGGAAGUUUAUGUAGAGCAGCCUCCAGGUUUCCAAGAUCCACACAACCUAGAUCAUGUCUACCGGCUCAAGAAAGCCCUGUAUGGGCUAAAGCAGGCUCCUCGAGCCUCGUAUGAGAGACUAUCCACUCAUCUUGUGGGAAAAGGGUAUGCUAGAGGAUCCAUAGAUAAAACAUUGUUUGUGAAACGAACCAAAAAUGACAUUAUCAUUGCCCAAGUGUAUGUUGAUGAUAUUAUAGACACAGGUUUGUUUCUCUCUCAAUCAAAAUACGCUGAGAACCUGAUCAAGAAAUUCGGUCUUGCUUCCAAGAAGACAGUGACCAAUCCCAUGAGUACAACUACCAAGUUAAGCGAAGAUCAUGAAGGAAAAUCAGUUGAUCCGACUCUCUAUCGAAGUAUGAUCGGGAGUUUGCUCUAUCUCACUGCCAGCAGACCUGACAUCUCUUACAGUGUGGGUGUGUGUGCUCGAUUUCAAGCAAACCCCAAAGAAUCUCACCUGGACGCUGUCAAAAGAAUAAUCCGCUAUGUGGCAGCAAGAAACAAAACUGCAUAUCCUUGUCUACUGCAGAAGCUGAAUAUGUUGCCGCUGGAAGUUGCUGCACACAAAUACUUUGGAUGA